UCAUUUUGUGUAAGAUAUAUUUUUGUUCCAGCAUGAUGACUGUGUACCAUAUGGCCAGUACCCUGGGGAUGAUGAUUAAAAGAACUGAAGGGGAUUGAAUAUCCUGUGACGCAUUUGAAAAAGGCUUAAGGGACUUGGAUCCCUGGUCUGAAAAGAAAGCUGAUUAUCCUAAGGCACUUGUGACUGUGAAAAACAGUAUUAUUUAUCAUUAUUCUUUAACAAACGGAAAAUGGAUGAAAAUAAAGAUAUGGACUCAAAAGAAAGUGGAGAAUAUGAAGACGACUUUGAAAAGGACCUGGAAUGGUUAAUUAAUGAAAAAGAAAAAAGUGGUGCCAGCAUAAUAGAGAUGGCUUGUGGGAAUGAAGAGAAUAAUAACCAAGAAUUAAAAGACAAUGAAACAGAAAUAGAACACACCAAACAACAUUCUGAUCCUGACAAAUCUUCGAAGGAUGAGCUUUCACCAAGAAGAAAUGACUUCAUUUCUGUACCAAGUAUCCAACCUUUGGAUCCCGUAUCAGAUUCAGAUAGUGAAAACUCUUCCCAGGAAUCCAAAGUGGAAAGCCAGAGAGACCUGGAAGAGGAAGAGGAUGAGGAAGUAAGGAGAUAUAUUAUGGAGAAAAUUAUACAAGCCAACAAGAUUCUACAGAAUCAAGAACCUGUGAAUGAUAACAGGGAGCGAAAACUUAAGUUCAAAGAUAAAUUAGUUGAUCUGGAAGUUCCUCCACUGGAAGACACUGAUACUCACAAAAAUUAUUUUGAAAAUGAAAGUAGUAUGUCAGGAAAACUGUCACAGUUAUGUAUUUCCAAUGAAUUUGGACAAGAAAAUGUGCUCCUGUCACUAACUGAUGGAAAUUGUGAAGAAAACAAGGAUAGGAAAAUACUAGUAGAGAAAGAUGGAAAGUUUGAACUUCUGAAUUUACAAGACAUUGAGAGUCAGGGGUUUUUGCCCCCCAUUAAUGCUAAUAGUACAGAAAAUGAACCUCACCAGUUGUCACCCAGAUCUUCCAACUCAAAUGUCAAUGGGGCUAAGAAAGAAGAGCCUAUAGGAAAGAUUCAUGCUAUUGCUUACUCAUCAACAGAAGAGCCACUGGCUUAUAUCCCUCAGCCGCCACCCAACCCCAAGACUCGUCCAAGCUCUGCUGUCAACUCAGAUCGAAGUAAGGGGAAUAGAAAAGCUAAUCACAGGACACAGUCUGCAAAUAUAUCUGCAGUGACCUCAACAUAUAGUCUUUCCCCUCGACAGAAAGAACUGCAAAAACGGCUAGAACAAAAGAGAGAAAAGCUAAAGAGAGAGGAAGAACAACAAAAAAUAGAAGAAGAGAAAGAAAAGAAAAAAGAGAAUGACAUGGUAUUUAAAGCAUGGUUGCAAAAGAAAAGAGAGCAGGUCCUAGAAAUGAGGAGAAUUCAGCGAGCAAAGCAAAUCGAAGACAUGAAUAGUAGACAGGAAAACAGAGAUCCACAACAAGCUUUUCGAUUAUGGCUUAAAAAAAAGCAUGAAGAGCAGUUGAAAGAAAGAAAGACAGAAGAACUACGAAAGCAAGAGGAAUGCUUAUUCUUCCUUAAAGGAACAGAGGGCCGCGAGCGGGCCUUUAAACAAUGGUUGCGAAGGAAACGGAUUGAAAAACUAGUCGAGCAAGAAGCUGCCAGAGAAAGAACUAGACAGCUCCGACUAGAAGCAAAGCAUUCUAAACAAUUGCAGAGCCACCUAUAUAUGUCAGAAGCCAAAUCUUUUCGUUUUACUGAUCAUUAUAACUGAAAGUAUCUAUUAAGUACUUCAUUUGGAAGCUGCUAUCCUCAAAAUUUUGGUUAUCAUUUCUUAUGGUCUAUGUGCUUUGGUCAUACUCUAAAUUAUGGAAAUGCUUUUUAUCUUUUGGUGAUACAGUGAAUUUUUUUUUUUUUAAUACUAAACAAAAUAAAUUUCUUCUCUCGCAGUAUUGUAUUGUGUUAUACCAUCUCAUAGUCCAUGCAACAAACUGAACAAUAAAUUAACUCUAGAUUCCUUUACUUCUAAAUUAUUUUAGCAUUUCUAGCUGGAAAGAACACAAGAAAGGAACAGAUUUCUAUUUUUAGUUUCUAUUAUUAAAAAAAGAUCACAGUAGAUCAUUUCAUGGAGCUGAAGGUGUGACCUCUUAAACAAGCCUUGUUCAAGGCCUUAUACAAAAUCCCAUCUAUGACAACUUUGAAUUUGAAUAGCUGUGGAAAGCUAAGAAAUAGGGUAGGCUUACUUUCUCUGUUCUUUAAAAAAAGAAGAUAGUAACAAUUAUGCAUCCAAUUUUGCUAUAUUACAAAAUUAACUAGCUCUUAUUGAGAGUUUAUAAUGUGCAUGGUAUUAAGUGCUUUACAUAAUUUGAUACAAUCCUUAUAACAACCCUAUUGGUCUUGUUUUGCAGAUGAAGAAACUAAAGUAUAGAAGGAGCAGUUUGCUCGCAGACUCUGAUCUGUAUAAUUGCAAAAUUCUUUCUUUUAGGCAUAUUAUAAAAUUUACAAACAUUGGUAGAUAUUGUGAAAUAUUUAAGACUAUACAGGAAUCUGCUGUGUGGAGAAACAGUAUCCUUGAUAUGUGUAAAGGCAUUUAAAGGGUGGAAAACAAAGGUAAACAUUACAAGUGUGAUGGAGACUGGAGAAUCACUGCAGGAGUUCUGUUAAAGCCUCAGAAGACAAGGUUCUUAUCAACUGGGUAUUUGUACCUUAAUCACUUGACCCUAAAUGAGAAAACAGAAUUAUUCAAUCCUGUCUCAACUUCUUAUAGCACUUUCAGCAUACAUCAGACAAUUUAACGUUUCAUUAUAACUAGUCUUGUGUUGUUUAAAGUUAUCUUUAAUAACGAGAACUAAUUUGACAUUUAAAUAUUCCACAACAUUUUUACAAAAAAGGCUGUGGGAAUUUUGAUAGA